UCUGACCAUGUUCUCGGACGAACGAAAAGACGGGAGCCCCCGCUUUGGGAAACUUCACUUUCCUGUUGGCCUUUGGAUCAAUUCCCCGAAGAAACACUUUGCCAAGCUUGGUCGCAGGUGGCCCAGCGUGGGGUCGGUCAAGUCUACAUCAUCAGACACCGCCAGCCGUGGCAGUGAGCCCGUGGAGAUGCGCCCGGCCACCAAGAACAAGGCCAGCCGACACAAGAGGCUCUCGACGCUCUUCCUGCGAGGAGGGACCGGAGGGCCAAGUGGCGGGGGCGGAGGUCGCUGGGCCAGUGAGAAGAAGCUGGCCGACUUCAUCGAACCGCUGCCCGAAGACCGAGUGCAGCCCCCGUCGCAGGGGGAAGUCCCGGGGGUCCUGAAAAUCUACGGCGGGGACAUCUCCACGGGGGCCAAUUACAAGAGCGUGCUGGCCACCGCGCGCUCCACUGCCCGUCAGCUGGUGAUCGAAGCGCUGGAACGCUAUGGGGUGGCGCAGCCCAACGCGGAGGAUGCCUACGUGUUGUGCGACGUGGUGGGCAGCGUCCACGGCACGGACAGCUCCUGGCAGGCCCAGUAUCUUCGGGCAGUGGGCGACUCCGAACGGCCGCUCGUGCUGCAGGACGUGUGGAAGCCCAAAACCGGCUGCACUCGCCGUUUUGAGAUCCGCCGGCGCUGCGAUGUGGAGAAGAUGGCGGAAGGAGAGGAUGAUGACGGCUCCGGAACCAACUCCCAGACCCGCCGGCAGCAAUCCCGCCGUUCCCGCGCCGCUUCAGGGGGCCACGUGGCCCCCAAGGAGAGGGCAGACAACCUCUCGCUCCGGCGCAGCAUCAGCGAGAUGAAUCUCAGCACGAAGCGCCGCAGGGAGCGCAAAAACGUGCUCAGUAUGGCGGUCGGUGAGCCUUCCGAAGGAGGCCCGGCUGAAGAGCCACGGACCAAGGGUGCUGAGGGCCUGUCGGCUCCUGCCUCCGACGAGACCCCCGUGGAUUCAUCCAAUCUAGAGCAGCUGUCACAGUGCCUAAUACAACCGCCAACCGAGCACCCCUAUUUUCUGCAGUUGUUGGGCUACAAUGAAAAGCAGGAGUUUGUGAUCCAUGUGAUGACACGCCGCCGACACAUUUUUGGCCGCCCGGAACGCCGCCUGGCUGCAGACCAAUCCAGCUAUGUGGACACGUUCCUGAGCGCCCCGGACAUCCUGCCCCGCCACUGCUGCGUAGUGUCUUCAGUGCCCCCCGCAGACCCCAGCCAGCCCCGGGGCUCGGCUAUGGUGCGGCCUUUCCGCGGGGCGUCCAUCACCCACAACGGCGCCCCGCUCCAUCGCCAGGUGGAGCUGGCCCCCGGAGACUUGCUGGGGAUGGGGCAGCAUUUCCUCUUCAUGUACAAGGACCCGCGAGCUGCGCCGGCUGCGCCGGCCUGGCUGCCCAAGGCGUGGGUGUCCCCGGGGCUGGUGGGGGCUUUGGCGUGCCAGGCCUGCGGCCGGUCCCUGCAGGAGCGGCAGGAGGCAUUCCGGGCCUACCUCAAGAGCAGAGAACCGCAGCUGCGUUACCGACCCCAGGAGCAGGAGGCCCUCCUGGCUGAGAUCGUCCGGCUCCAGGAAGCUCCAGGCUGCAGGUUGGGCCCCGCCUUCCUCUUUGGGCUCUGUCUGGACCACGCUGCACGGGAGCUGGAGCCAGGUCACCUGCCCAGGUUGAUUGCCAGGAUCGCUCAGCUGGUCAAGGAAGCUGUUUGGGACAAGAUAAAAGAGAUUGGAGAUCGGCAGCCGGAAAACCAGCAAGACAAAGACGAGGUGGGCCAGCUCAGCAUCGAACAAGUGGCGGCCGACUUGCGCCCCCUCAUGUUGUGGAUGGCCAACUCUAUGGAGCUGCUCAACUUGGUGCAGAAGAGGGUCUUGGACAUCGAGAAGGACCUAGACUUGGAGGGGGUUUCCCACAACGCUUUGCUCUCCAGCGAUCUGGAGACGUGUGAUGAGGCGAUGGCCGUCUUAGACGAGGUCAUCAUGUCCACCUUCCAGCAGUCUGUGUACUACCUCACUAAGACUCUAUACUCCGCUCUUCCUGCAUUGCUGGACAGUAACCCCUUCACAGCCGCAGCUGACCUGUCCCACGUGCCGGAGCUCAGCAGCAUGCCAGAGGGGAUCCAGGGGACCCUCGCCAUCUACCAGGCGACGCUUGAGCUGACCCACAAUUGCGACCUGCAUCCUGACCUCGUCUCGCAGACCUUCGGGUACCUCUUCUUCUUCUCCAAUGCCUCGCUCUUCAACACCCUCAUGGAGAGAGGCAGUUCCCAGUCCAUGUUCCAGUGGGCCAAGGCGGUGCAAAUCCAGACCAACCUAGACCUGGUCCUUGACUGGCUGCAGGGAGUAGGCCUCGGGGACAUCGCCACCGAGUUCUUCCGCAAGCUGAGCACCACGGCCAACCUGCUCUGCGUGCCCAAAAACAGCCUGCUGCAGGCAUCUUGGUCCCGCCUGAGAAGCGACUAUCCAGCUCUGCUUCCAGCCCAGCUCCAGCACGUACUCCGGAAUUACCAGCUGGGACCAGGCCGCCUGGCCCCCGAGGGCUGGGACCCACCAGAAGAAGAGAGAGAUGAGAUUGCACAGAGCGAUAUAUUUGAGAGCUUCACUGACCACCCACCCCUGAUUCUCCCAUGCGACGGUUUCCGCUUGCGCCUCUCGGAGCCGGUGACCGACGACGUCCUCCAUCGGCAGCUUGUACGCCUGCGUCGUUUUCUGUGGGAGCUGGAGCGCGAAUCCCUCCCGGCCAACCAGCGGGCAGUCUACGGCCUGGAUUCCAGCCAAUGA